AACAUUAGAUUGGAAUAUGAUUUGCUCUUUGACAAUAUCCAAAAAAAAAAAAAAACAAUUCCAAAGCUCCUUCUUUUGUCAAUCUUCAACACCAAAAGUGUUCCCAACUCUCUUUUACUUUUACUCAAUCGUCAACGCAAAUAAAAUACAAAAAAGAGAUCCUUUACGAAGCUUCCCCACACCCCCUCUCCAACCAACCAACCCCUUUUCUCUCUUUAUAUAUCUACUCCAUUCCAUUCCAUUCCAAUGUCAAACCCCACAUUAAAAAAAUUAGCUAAUUCAUUUUUCCCAAUUCCUUUUUCUCUUCAUGGCUUCCAGGAGGAAUCUAAAGAGGAAAUCACUUGAAGAUGAAGAUCUUGUUUUUCCACUAGAUGAACUUAAUCAAGAUCUUCUUGAAAGGGUUCUUUCAUGGCUUCCAACUUCAACUUUUCUCAGAUUAAGUUCAGUCAGCAAGAGGUGGAAAUCAGCUGCUACUUCCCCUGCUUUCCACCAUGCUUGCUCUGAAAUUCCAUCCAGAGAACCUUGGUUCUACAUGGUUGAUUCUUCACAAUCAUCCGAAUUCAAAAAUCAACAACACUUUGUUUAUGAUUCUGCUGAAAUGAACUGGAAAUUCCUCACCUACCCAUCUAAUUUUCUUGAAGAAAAUAAGCAAAAUGGGUCUAAUUUCAUCCCUGUUGCUGCUUCUAGUGGACUACUCUGUUUCCACAAUGGCGAAAAUGGUGAAUUCCUCAUCUGUAACCCUGUUACUUCCUCAUUUCGCAAGCUCCCUUUAUUGGAUUAUUCCGAUACCCUUUGUGCUAUUGGAAUGAUUUCUACUCAGGAAUCGUACAAACUCUUCUUAAUUUUCGGAGAAAUUCCAAAUCUUUCCUUGAGAAUCUAUGAUUCCACUACAGAUAGCUGGGAAGACUCUGCAAUUUUGAGUAGGAAAUCUCCUACCUGCCCUGUAGCUCAAUUUUGCAGUACUGACGAUGAUGAAGAAGAAGACGAUGAUCGAAUGCUCUAUUUCUUGAGUAAAUGUGGGAAUGUAGUAGCAACUGAAAUACAAAAAAACCCAUGUAAACAGUACUCUUCAAUAACCACCACCACGAAAGGCAGUGGACAAGAAAUCCUCUGUUUCUUGAACUCUUCCGGGAAAGCGGUAGCUUGCAAUCUUACCGAAAAACAUUUUUUUGAGUACCCAAGAUUGCUCCCUCUUCAUCACGAGUACUCAAUCGACUUAGUUGAAUGUGGAGGAGAGUUGUUAGCGGUUGUGCUAUCUGAAUUCCUUGAAACAGCAAGCCUCAGAGUAUGGAAAUUUGAUGAAAAAGAAUGGAGUUGGAAUCAGGUUUUGGCAAUGCCAUCAGCAAUUUCACAUGAAUUUUAUGGCAAGAAAGUGGACAUCAACUGUACUGGAGGAGGAGGAACUGGUGAACACAUGUUUGUCUGCAUUUCUAAUUCUGAUGCUGCUGCUGAUGAUGAGAGUUGUAGGUAUUUCUUGUGCAAAUUUGCUGAAAAUGAGUGGACUGAAUUGCCUGCUUGUUCAAGGAAAUUCAGCUGUGCAUUCUCUUUUCAGCCUAGGAUUGAAGCUUCUGCGUGAUAGAACAAAGCUAAAAUAAGAAAUUAUUCGAUUUUGACAGGGAGGAAAAUUUAGAAUAAUUGGAAUUCUUCAUUCUAUUUUUUCUUAGUUUGUUGCUACUUUUCACUUUAUUCUUUUAGGAUAUUUUUCUUGUUACUUUGGAAUAAAUUUAUUAUAGUUGGUGAUACUUUUCUGUUUUUAAAUGAGUUGAUGUAAUUGCUGAAAAUAAUUUCUUAUUCGAAUGGGGUCUCUGUCUUUCAAUAUAUAAUUUGUAGGUUUUGGA